CCCCAAACCCAAAUCCAUCCCCUGUCGGCAAACACAAAAACACUCACUUUGUAACAUUUCACAUACUCUUAAAGAUUCAAACUUGAGUCAAAUGCUAGAUUUAAGAAUCAAGACUUGAACUUUUUCAUAUAAAGAUUCAAACUUUAGUCACAUUUUUGUCUACUCUGUGUGUGUGUGUGUGUGUGAAUUGAGGUGGUGGGAUUUCAAUGUUAGUCCAAGAUCGUGAGGGUUCUGGUCCUAAAUCACCAAAAGGACCAAAACCCACAAGGGAAAGAUCAUCAAUUCCCUUAUCAGUAUCAUCAAAUGGCAAGAAUCUUGAUUUUUCCACAUGGGUUUCUGAAAAUCUUUACAAAGUUCUCACCUUUUUACUCUUAAUCUCCACAAUUGCCAUUUUUUUCUACCUCCAUAGCGCUGCUGGUGACACCACUACACUCCUUUGUUUGCAGUCAACUCAAACUCACUCUAUUAAACCUGAAUUUCCCAGAAUUAAGUGGAAUGAUAUACCAAGAAUCUCAGAUAAGUCUACACCUUAUGCAAAUUUUAAAUCUGAGAAAUGGAUUGUGGUUUCUGUUUCACAUUAUCCAUCAGAAGAGCUUAAAAAGCUGGUAAGGAUAAAAGGGUGGCAGGUUCUUGCAAUUGGGAAUUCAAAAACUCCUAAAGAUUGGAUUUUGAAAGGUACAAUUUACUUGUCUUUGGAAAUGCAAGCUAAGUUAGGAUAUAGGGUUGUUGAUUACUUGCCUUAUGAUUCUUAUGUUAGAAAAAGUGUUGGUUAUUUGUUUGCUAUACAACAUGGUGCUAAAAAGAUUUUGGAUGUCGAUGAUCGCGGUGUUGUGAUUGAUGAUGAUAUUGGCAAACAUUUUGAUGUUGAAUUGAUUGGUGAGGGUGCUAGGCAAGAGGUGAUUUUGCAGUAUAGUCAUGAUAAUCCUAAUAGGACUGUGGUGAACCCUUAUAUCCAUUUCGGGCAACGUUCCGUUUGGCCUAGAGGUUUGCCAUUGGAAAAUGUGGGUGAGAUUGGACAUGAGGAGUUUUACACUGAGAUUUUUGGUGGAAGGCAGUUUAUCCAGCAAGGGAUCUCGAAUGGUUUACCGGAUGUGGAUUCGGUGUUUUAUUUUACUAGGAAGUCAGGGAUUGAAGCGUUUGAUAUUAGAUUCGAUGAGCAUGCACCGAAAGUGGCGUUGCCCCAGGGUAUGAUGGUGCCAGUUAAUUCGUUUAAUACGAUUUUUCAUUCAUCUGCAUUUUGGGGUUUGAUGCUGCCAGUUUCUGUUAGUACAAUGGCUUCUGAUGUUUUAAGAGGAUAUUGGGCACAGAGGCUAUUAUGGGAGAUUGGUGGAUAUGUUGUAGUGUAUCCUCCCACUAUUCAUCGGUAUGAUAGAAUCGAGGGAUAUCCUUUUUCAGAAGAGAAAGAUCUACACGUGAAUGUUGGCCGUUUAACCAAGUUUUUGGUAGCGUGGAGAUCAGGUAAACACAGGUUGUUUGAAAAGAUUUUGGAGUUAAGCUAUGCAAUGGCCGAAGAAGGCUUUUGGACAGAGCAAGAUGUCAAGUUUACUGCUGCAUGGCUUCAAGAUUUGCUUGCUGUUGGGUACAUGCAGCCGCGACUAAUGUCUUUGGAGUUGGAUCGGCCAAGGGCAAGUAUAGGCCAUGGCGACAGGAAGGAAUUUGUACCUCAGAAGUUGCCAUCUGUGCAUCUUGGUGUAGAAGAGAUAGGUACAGUGAAUUAUGAAAUCGCCAAUUUGAUCAAGUGGAGGAAGAAUUUUGGCAAUGUUGUGCUCGUAAUCUUUUGUAGUGGACCUGUUGAACGUACUGCCUUGGAGUGGAGAUUGCUUUACGGCAGGAUAUUUAAGACGGUUAUCAUAUUGUCCAACCAGAAGAAUGUAGAUCUUGCCGUUGAAAAAGGAAAUGUGGAUUAUAUUUACAGGUAUGCGCCAAAGUUAUUUGAUAGAUACUCUAGUGCAGAAGGCUUUCUAUUUCUUCAAGACGAUACUAUCCUUAAUUACUGGAACUUACUUCAAGCUGACAAGUCUAAGCUCUGGAUAACAAACAAGUUAUCCAAGUCAUGGCACUCUGUUUCAGUUGCUGGAAAUUCAGACUGGUUUGUGAAGCAAGCAGACGUAGUUAAGAAAGUGGUAGCGACAAUGCCAGCACAUUUGCAAGUCAAUUACAAAGAGUCGAUGAAAGGUGACGAGACCUUAACGCUUUGCAGUUCAGAGAUAUUCUACGUCCCUCGACGUUUUGUAUCCGACUUUGUCGAUCUCGUUAAUCUAGUGGGGAAUCUAGACAUGCAUCAUAAGGUUGCAGUGCCAAUGUUUUUUAUGGCUAUGGAUUCUCCACAGAAUUUUGAUUCAGUGUUGAAUUCAAUGAUUUACAAGAAGAAGCCUCGGGGUAAUUUGACGACAUUUUAUUCAGCCGAAGCGCCUGCAAUUCACCCAUGGAAAGUGUCAAGUGAACAAGAGUUCAUAAAGCUGAUCAGAGUUAUGGCAGCAGGUGAUCCCCUGUUAAUGGAGAUGGUAUAGUGUAAUGAUAGAUUCAGUAAAGAUACUGAAGGGUCCCACAGGGAAAAUGUAAAACAUGUAAAGUUUAUGUGCAGCUGAAUUCUGCUAUUCUUUUAUACCAUUCUUUAGUUGGGGGAAUGGGGUGAAAGGAAGGUUUUGUGCUCUUGUAGAUUUUUGUUGUACUACUAUUUUAACUCUCAAAAAAUUUUGUUGCAAGAGAAUUAAAGGAGAAAACUGUGCUACUAGCUUUCUUCUGAUUUUCAUUUUGCUUUUGAAUAUGCUAAAGUUCCACAGAACAUUCUUUGUACA